AAACUCUCGAAACAUUCCGAGAAAUAAAAUACUCUAAAAGAAAAGCAAAUGGCUUCAACAGAAUGAAUAUCUAAAUCUAUUAUCGAAAGACUGAUGGCAAUAUAAAGUUUAACACAUUUAUUUUCUAAUUGAAAAAAAGAUAUCUAUAUUAUUGAAAUAUCACCUUGGCCUAUUUGUCGGGAUUUGAGAGUGUAACCUUGAAAGAAACAUGGCGGCGCCCAUGUUGAACGGUGAUUAAGCCGACACUCCACUUCAUCUGUGAGCGGUUAUAGGCCUGUCUAUCAUUAUAUAUCUAGGUAAAGAUGGCUGCUGUUUCAAUGGACUUGCUGAGGAAGUCCAUUCAGAGAAUGAAUUUAUGUCAGAUGUCUACUCUAUCACAAGCAAUCAUAGGAACUCAGAAUUGUUCACAUAGAUUUAGACAAAGCCCUGGAACGAUCUCAGAAUCCAAGAAGACUGGAAGGGCUGUAUCACACAGGAAAGGCAUCCUCUGUCCGACGGAUUCCCUCACCUCUGUCAUACUGGAUGUGCCUGUAUCAAUUCCAAAGUCAUGCCCCACACUUCACAUAACUGAGAUAGAUUUUCUCCUUCCAAAUCCACUGAUAGGAUUUACCGAUAAAGAGGCUCCUCCUCUUUACGACAGCCCUGUCAAAGAGGCCGUGGAUAAAAUCAGACGGCAAAGAAGCAGAAUGAACCAGCACAAACUACGAAGGUAUCGCCAUGAAAAUUUAGUAGCCAUUAGAGAACAUAGACACAGAAAGGCAGAACAGAAGGCUAAAAAGGACUUACAAGUUAUAGAUAGAUUUAGAAGUUACAGCGCUAACUUCAAUGCUGAAGAGAAGGUGAUGCAGGAUCUGGAGACCGCUAGGAGAGGAGGGUUUUAUGUGGAGUGUUUCGGGUCGAACCGAGAGGACAGAAAAAGGACUUCCACAAAGGUGGAGGAUAAAUCAUUGGAUAUACUGUAGUCCUGUGUAUGUUACAGUUUGUGAUUGGAAAUGACUAUUCAAAUAAAAGGAGAGAAUUAU